UAAAACUUUUAUAAUGCUUCGAAGUAUUUUGCGUACCAGCCGUUGUCUGGCACGGAGACAAAUCAAUAGUCUAGCCUUAGCCAUUCCUCAAUAUUCAAGUGCUAAAACGAUUAAAUACAGUUGCAAGUCUCCUUUAAUUCGAAGACUUUCUGCAUCAUCUGAUAAUCCUCAGGCAGAAUAUGUGGAUCCUGUAGUAUUUGAGGAAGUUUGCAAUGAAACUUUGGAGUCUUUGUGCGACUAUUUUGAAGAAUUGAUCGACGAGAACCCUAAUUUUAAAGGUGCUGAUGUAACAUACAGUGACGGUGUAUUAACAGUAGCAUUUGGUCCACCACAUGGGACCUAUGUAAUAAACAGGCAAACUCCAAAUAAACAAAUUUGGCUAAGUUCGCCAACUUCAGGGCCUAAGCGAUAUGACUUAGUUUUAAAAAAUAAUGGUUACUGGAUCUACAAACAUGAUGGUGUACCAUUACAUAGACUUCUACAAGAAGAAAUAUCAAAAAUAGUCAAGAAUAAAGUUGAAUUUGAAAACUGUGCUCAUAGCUUAGUGUGACAAUUUUGUUGCUAU